AUGCCGCCGCGCCGCCGUGAAUCGUCUGGCUACCGCGGCGUCCGCGAGCGCCCCAGCAGCACCUACUACGCCGAGAUCCGGUCCGGCGACAUCCGGCUCGGCCUCGGCAUGUUCGGGACCGCGCACGAGGCCGCCCACGCGUACGACGCGGCGUGGCGCCUAGAGAGGCCUCCGUCGCAGAUGAACUUCCGCGACGUCUACAUGCGCGAGCAGGCGCAGUCCGUCGCCCCUCCGCCUCGUCUUAUCACGGACCAAGACCGUGCGGAGCACCGUCGGCGACAGCGCCGCCUCCUCGUCGCCGAGGAGGACGAGCGAGCCAUGGCGGAGUGGCGCCGGCGCCACCCGGAGGACGUCGCGACGGAGCACACCUUCUGGGCGGAAAGGACGGCAAAGUGCCGCGCGGAGCGGUUGGACAGGCGUCGACAGAAGGCCCUGGCGAUAUCGCAGUGCGAUAUCGUUGAGGCAGGUGGGGUGUCGAUCUUUGGGAAUAAUGAUCCUCGUUGGGAGGACAUGUGGAUCGAUACCUCGGACAACACCAGUCCGGAUGAGGACGAGGACGACUCGAAGUAG